AUGCGGCGAUGCGUGUCACGUGGUGUUGCCCAGCUUCUCUUGAAGCCCGUCUACAACUUGGACUACAGCAUCAGUAGUAACAGCGUUCUGCUGAACCCUCGCUGUUCGUUAACCCUGCCGGAUCCACAGGCACUGUUGACGUCGCCAACCGGACUCUUUGCCCUCUUGAGUGGUCGCCACGCCACUCUCGCUGCUGGAGGAGAUGAGUCCGAGAGAGUACAACGACCGAAACAGCGAAGGAAAAUAAGAAGGCACAUCAGAAAAAGUGAUACUACUGGUAAGGAUGGCGAUAGAAGCAGUGAUAUUUCUUCAACAUCAGAGUCUGGUGGUGCGGGUGGUGCCUUCUUCAACCGCGAAGCGGUUUCGCUUGCUGUACUGAUUCUAAUUGUAACGGCACUGUGGGAUGGCCUUAGCACCCAGAAGGGGAACAUCAGCAGGAAGUUAAAGGAAGCCUUCUUUAUCACACUUGAAGUCCGCUCCUCUCGUGAGGAGUACGCAAUGAUUGUGGACUGGAUGGGGCGUCAACCGCAAGGCAAACAUUCUCGAAACAUUUCGCUGAUGCCUCUUUCUGUUCGCGAGGAGACGGUACAAGAAGGAGGCAACCGUGAUGACUAUGUUGCCACUAGUGACUUUGUCCCAGGUUUUGGAAGCCACUUUAUGAAGUUCCACGGCACACGUCUUUGGAUUACGCGCUCCAUCGACACCUCAAAACAAUACCGAUCGUCCUCUCGCAUGGAUCGAGAGGAUGAGAUACUUGAACUGGUCUUCUUCUCCCGCGAUCGCGGCGUUGUGCUGCGCUUCAUGGAAGAAGUUCGGGCCUCGUGGGAGGAGCAGGAGCGGGGUGCCGUUCGUCUGUAUCUGCCGAGUGGGUGGGGCAGCCGGUGGGAAUUCCUAGCGAGGCGGCUGCAGCGACCGCUGUCAACGCUCUAUCUCCCGCACACCACCACCGCUAUUGUUGAGGAGGCGCGCCUCUUUCUCCGGUCAAAGGCUCUCUACGUGUCACUCGGUGUGCCCUGGCGACGUGGGUAUCUCUUUGAGGGGGCGCCGGGGACGGGGAAGACGAGUUUCAUCCUAGCCCUAGCCAGCGAGCUGUCGAUGCCUAUUUAUUUAUUAUCGCUGCAGUCGAAGGAGCUCGAUGACGCCUCUCUCAUUGGGCUAAUCAACUCCGUUCCACCCAAGAGCCUGCUCGUUAUUGAAGAUCUAGAAACGGCCAUCAAGGCGCCACACGUUGCUGCCACUAACAGUACAAACGCUAACUCUCUUCCCAUAUCUUCCUUGUCGCCGCCUUCGGCUGUGGUAAACACAGAGGUUGGUGGGGGUCGGGAGUCUGGCGUGUCAUUAAGCGCCUUGCUAAAUGCCAUCGACGGUAUUGCCAGCAGCGAAGGGAGACUGCUUGUCAUUACUGUCAACGACGCGUCGCUUCUACCGUCACCGCAGGCGCUUCUACGACCUGGGCGUGUUGACCGGCGCAUUGUCUUUGGUCACUUGGAUUCUGGUNCUAUGCAGGAGAUGGUACAGUCAUUCCAGUCCAAGACAACAGAUGCCCUGGUGAAAAAGGCGCUCUCACGAUGGGGGCAGAGCGAUGCAGUAGGAGUCGCCACAACUCCAGCUGAGUUACAGAAUGAGCUCCUCUCAGCUAUAUAUGAGAACCAAACUUCUUGA